UCAAGACCGAGUAAUACCGAGUCAACGCCUCCGCUGCGUUCUCGGCCGCGCCCCUGACGUCGGCGGGUUACAUGCGUUGAGGCGACGCCCCCGGGUAGACGGUCGGCUCUGAGCUGUGCAGUGACCCCCGCUCGUUCCCGUGACCCCCAUUCAACCCUAGAGUCCCGAACCGCAUCGCACCGCAUCGCGGUCAAGGUUGCCCCGUCCGUCCGUCCGUCCGUCCGUCUACCGCGCGGCGCGGCGAGCCAGGUUGGCCACCACCACAGCAGACGCUGCGUUAUCGACCGCGCAGGCCGCGAUCUGUCUCAACACGUCGUUUUUUUUCUGCCGACGGAAAACGUUUUCCUUCUGCUGGGUUUUGUUGACGCUUGUAAAUUCAACCUUGGCCUGAGAAACUGAACAUAUCAAGAUGCAUCGUGCACGCUCCGUAGCAACUAAGUUAUCGCCCCUGUUGGGACCAGAACAGUUUGGAUCGUGGCUUCUUCAAAGUAGCAAACCCGCCCGAUCAUUAUCUAUAACAACCAGCAGACAUUACAAUGCACCAGUCGCAACAGAACCUUUCCUCAAUGGCAGUUCCUCUGCUUAUGUUGAGGAAAUGUACAAUGCCUGGCUGGCUGAUCCCAAGAGUGUCCAUGUGUCGUGGGACUCAUUCUUCCGCAACAGUACUGGUGGUGCCGCUCCAGGCCAAGCCUACCAAUCUCCUCCUUCCUUAGCUCCACCCGGUAAAAACCAAGUGCCUAUAUCUGCCAUUGUGCCACAGUUAGGAGGAUUAGGAGCAUCAAUGCCUGGUCAAGUCAAUGAGAAGCUGAUUGACGACCAUCUCUCCGUUCAGGGCCUCAUCAGAUCUUAUCAGGCUCGAGGUCACCUUGCGGCUGAGCUGGACCCGCUGGCCAUCAUGUAUGGCGCCACCGAUGAAACUUACACUGUCCGCAAGGGUGCUCCACCAGAAGUGGUGGUGCGCCAGCAUAUGCUGGAGGAGUCAGAUAUGGACAGAGUAUUCAAGCUACCUUCCACAACCUUCAUUGGUGGCAAAGAGAAGUCCCUGACCUUGCGUGAAAUUCUUCGCCGACUGGAGAUGUCCUACUGUCGGCACAUUGGUGUGGAGUUCAUGUUUAUCAACUCAUUAGAACAAUGCAAUUGGAUUCGUCAAAGGCUAGAAACCCCUGGAAUCAUGGAUAUCGACAACGCUCAAAAGCGCCUUAUCUUGGCCCGUCUUACUCGAGCAACAAUGUUUGAAGCUUUCCUGGCUCGUAAGUGGACCAGUGAAAAACGAUUUGGUCUGGAAGGAUGUGAAAUCCUAAUUCCUGCCAUGAAACAAGUCAUUGACAGGUCAACUGAGCUGGGAGUUGAAUCAAUUGUUAUGGGUAUGCCCCACAGAGGCCGUCUGAAUGUGUUGGCCAAUGUGUGUCGUAAGCCUUUGCACCAACUCUUUACUCAAUUUGCUGGUCUUGAAGCAGAGGAUGAUGGUUCUGGAGACGUGAAAUACCACUUGGGUACUUACAUUGAGCGUCUUAACCGAGUUACCAACAAGAACAUCCGUCUUGCUGUUGUGGCAAACCCAUCUCAUCUGGAGGCUGCAGACCCAAUAGUGCAGGGCAAAACCCGUGCAGAGCAGUUCUACCGUGGCGAUAAUGAGGGCAAAAAGGUCAUGUCCAUCUUGUUGCACGGUGAUGCUGCAUUCUGUGGCCAAGGAGUUGUAUUUGAGACCUUCCACUUGUCAGACCUACCAGACUACACUACUCAUGGAACUAUUCAUAUUGUUGUCAACAACCAGAUUGGUUUUACAACUGAUCCUCGCCACUCUCGGUCAUCACCUUAUUGCACAGAUGUUGCUCGUGUUGUGAAUGCUCCAAUUUUCCAUGUGAAUGCUGAUGAUCCAGAGGCUGUGAUGCAUGUAUGCAACCUUGCUGCUGAAUGGAGAAACACCUUCCAUAAGGAUGUUGUCAUUGAUAUUGUUUCAUACCGUCGCAAUGGACACAACGAGGUGGAUGAACCCAUGUUUACUCAGCCUCUUAUGUACCGUAAAAUCCGAAACACAAAACCAGCUCUUGACAAGUAUGCCGAAAAACUGAUUGAAGAAGGUGUGGUAACCCCUGAGGAAGUUAAAGAUGUCAAGGACAAAUAUGAGAAGAUUUGUGAGGAUGCGCAUGCUGCUGCCCGUAAGGAGACUCACAUCAAGUACAAGGACUGGCUCGAUUCCCCAUGGUCUGGUUUCUUUGAGGGCAAAGACCCUCUUAAAAUGUCCACUACUGGCAUCAAGGAGGACACACUUGUGCACAUUGGCAAGCGAUUCUCCUCUCCUCCACCCAACGCAGCAGGGUUCAUUAUCCAUAAGGGUAUUGAGCGCAUCUUGAAAGCUCGCAUGGAAAUGGUUGAGAACCGCACAGUUGAUUGGGCACUUGGUGAAGCAAUGGCUUUUGGUUCUCUGCUGAAGGAGGGUAUUCAUGUUCGUCUCAGUGGACAGGAUGUGGAGCGUGGAACUUUCUCUCACAGACAUCAUGUCCUUCACCAUCAAACUGUAGACAAAGCAACAUACCGCCCACUUUGCUCCCUGUACCCUGAUCAGGCCCCUUACACUGUAUGUAACAGUUCCCUCUCUGAAUAUGGUGUUCUUGGAUUUGAACUUGGAUUUUCAAUGACCAAUCCCAAUGCACUGGUUAUUUGGGAGGCUCAGUUUGGAGAUUUUAACAACACUGCUCAGUGCAUCAUUGAUCAGUUCAUCUCGUCUGGUCAAGCUAAGUGGGUUCGACAGUCGGGCUUGGUCAUGCUCCUACCCCAUGGUAUGGAGGGAAUGGGACCUGAACACUCCAGUGCUAGGUUGGAGCGCUUCUUGCAAAUGUCUGCUGAUGACCCCGACUACUUCCCUCCUGAAAGUGAAGAGUUUGCAGUCCGUCAGCUUCAUGAUAUCAACUGGAUUGUAGCCAAUUGCUCCACUCCUGGCAAUUUGUUCCACAUUCUACGAAGACAAAUUGCUUUACCUUUCCGUAAGCCACUGAUUUUGAUGACUCCCAAGUCUCUGUUGCGUCAUCCUGAAGCAAGGUCCAGCUUCGAUGUUAUGACUGAAGGCACUGAGUUCCAGAGGAUUAUUCCUGAUGAGGGCCCAGCCGGUCAGAACCCAUCAGGAGUGAAGAAGGUGUUGUUCUGCUCUGGAAAGGUGUACUAUGAUAUCAAGAAAGCUCGUGCUGAUAAGGGAUUGGAUGAUAAAAUUGCUUUGGUCCGAGUUGAACAGAUUUCACCUUUCCCGUACGAUUUGAUCAAGAAGGAGUGUGCCAAAUACCCCGAUGCACAGCUGGUCUGGGCUCAGGAAGAGCACAAGAACCAAGGAGCCUGGUUCUAUGUCCAAAACAGGUUCAACACAACAUUGAAUGGAGGACGCCCUGUGACCGGACUAAGUGGACCUGUCGAGGUCUUUUGUGAUGGUGCUAAGGAACAAGGGGGGUUGUUAAAGCGCCUUUUUGGCUCUGAUGUACGUCAGGAGAAUGAUACUUCAUUUGAGUCUGCGUCUCAGGCUGGACCUCAGUCUGAGACCCAGACGCAGACUUCAAGUCUGCAAACCAAUAUCCGAACCAUUAGCUACUGUGGACGUCCCACUGCGGCCUCACCAGCCACGGGUAGCAAGGCUCAGCAUUUGAAGGAACUGAAUGCUCUCCUGGAAGAUGCUACAAGUGUUUAAAUGUCUUAACUCUCUAGAUUAGAUCAGCUCAAGUAACAUUUAGCUUACAAUCUUUAUUUUACCUUGUGCCUGCUUCAUAAUUCAGAAUUUAUUAGUUUACAAAGUACCUUCUAAUUGUAGAUGCAAAAUUUUCUCUGUAAAACAUAAAUUUUAGUUUAUUUAUCUUUAUACAGGCACUUGGUUUGUUUCAGAGGAGUUAUUAUCUUGUAUUGUGUCAGCUGGCCUGGCUAUUGGUUUAUUUGGCAGAGGCUCUGUAACACAGAAAAGGGGUCUGUAUGCUGAUUUAGUGAAAUUGUUGAGUUCCUAUGACUGUUAACUCUGUGUUACAUUGUGGUUAGUCUUCUGUAAGGUAAACUUUUGUUUGCUUUUAUUUGUUUUUAAAAGAGUCUUGAAAGUCCUGUCCAACAAUUUCAGGAGGUACUAAGACUCGAGGUUUGUGCUGUUAAUUUAUUUAAGUAUUGUUAUUUUUCUUUAAUGUUAGUUUUACGAUAAUGCACAAGUCCUCUUUUUAUGCACCAUAAAGUGACUCUGGUGUUUUCCCCUCUUUGUUGUGAGCCAGAGUUGCUGUUAAUCGUAAAUCAGGACUCCUAGUAAUGGUCCAUGAGACUGAACUUGCAUACAUAAGAUGUAUUUUGUAGUCCGCACUCUAAUUUCGGGCUUGGCAUUGUGCGACUAAAAUUGUAUUCACCAUCAUUUGUUGUGACGAGUGUUGCAAGUGGACUGAUUUUUCAUCAAAUGUGGAGGAAAUUUCCUUUACUUGUCUGUAUAACAGGCAUGAACAAAACUGUUGUAUACUCAUUUCUGUGGGAGAAAGAAAUAUUUGUAUCUUGCUGAACGGAGGAAAGUGGUAAAUCAAUCUACUUAAGAUAUUGUUUCUGAAAUUCCAGAGGCUGCUUGCUAUCACAACUUAGAAGACAAAUCUUUUGCCAGCUGUAUUAUAAAAUGGCAUAAUGUCUAGCUGUAACUAUACUGUAUUCUAAGCACUUUAUUGUAGGCCGCAUCCCAUUCAUACAGGAUUUGUUUCAGUUGCUCGUUUAAAAGAAUAUGGUGCAUGGGUAAGACCUGUACAUGGAGGAUAAUCCGUGCUUGUUAAUGUUAUUUAUUUUUUUGUCAGUGUGUGCUUGGAUGUGAGAUGACAUGACCAAUGUCCUUCUGUGUACAGUAAUGCUACCUGAAAUGAAUGUAUGUGAUUUUUAAAGUUUUAAGUCUGUAAAAUAAAAUCAUGUUGUUUCAAU